GAUCUACAUGUGCACUUUGGCCAGUAUGUUUACAUUUUGACCUGCGGUGUGCCUCAGGCUGAGGACUUGAGUGGCGAGCCAGCUGUGACCCUGUCCCCGAAGUGUACAACAUGUUUAGUACAGGCCUUCUGAUAUUGACUCGCCCCCUCCCUGUACUGAGGGACAGCAUCUCACCUCUGUUGACUGAUGUGGCAAAGAUUGUCAGCAACACUCUCUACGUUCAUAUACAGCCCAACACACCUCGCGACAAUAAGGUGUUUGCAGUUUCACAAACUCCGUAUACCCACGAACUUAGGACAUUGAUCACUCAGUUGUAUACCUCUAGUGCUUCUGUCUGCAAUCAUCUGGAUGUCAACAUCUUGUUAGGUCAUAUUUCCAACAAGAGUUAUUUCCCUUGGGAUGUCAGUUAUAGGAUAAAACCUGGCUGUGAUGUUAUCCUGUUUGAUGAUGACUACUGGCUUAAUGGCAAAGAGGACACAGCCAGGACCAGUUUACUGGACCACAUUUCCAAAAAAUUCCAGCCUGAUUGUCACCGAAUGCCUUCUAUCGAUGUAGUCAAUAUAUGUGAAAGAAAAAGUGAAGAAUUAUCGUCCCAAACAAAUGGUCAGAGUGAGACGUCGUCCCUUAUUUCCAGUUUUGCUAACACAGUUCUGGGUGGUACAUUUGAUCACAUACACGCUGGUCACAAGAUCCUACUUGGUGAGGGAUGUUUGCUUGCAGACAAACAGUUAACUGUUGGGGUCACCAAUGGAGAUAUGAAUAACAAAAAGACUCUGUCGGAGCUGAUUCAGCCAGUGCAGUCAAGACUGGAGUCUGUUAAAUCUUUUAUACAGAAUGUUCGCCCAAACAUCAGUUCAAAUGUGGUUCCUAUCUACGACGCGUUUGGUCCGACAAUCACAAACAAUGAUCUACAGUGUAUCAUCCUCAGUCAGGAAACCAGGAAAGGGGGACAGAUGGUCAAUGAUGAACGUCAAAAAAAGGGUUUUCCACUCAUGGAAGAAUUUGUCAUAGAGCUUGUGGAAGAUCAACAUCAUAGUGAAUAUGAAGAAAACAAAAUCAGCUCGUCAUCUUUCCGCAAACGAUUGCUGGGGACUGUAAUAAACACUCCACAGAAGAAAGAAGGAUUGAUGUCAGUACCCUUUGUAAUAGGACUGACUGGAGGUAUAGCUAGUGGAAAGUCAGCUGUGUGUAAACGACUGGAAGGACUGGGAGCUGUCAGUAUCGACUGUGAUAAACUAGGCCACCAGGUGUACAAAAAUGGCCUACCGUGUUACGACAGACUGGUCGAGGAGUUUGGGUCAUCCAUAGUUGGUGAGGACAAGGAAAUCAAUCGGCCAGCACUGGGUCGUAUUGUAUUUAGUGACCCAGAAAAGCUGAAGAUGUUGAAUUCAAUUGUCUGGCCAGCAAUUUCUAAGCUAGCAGAGGAGAAGAUACAGCAAUUCAGGCUUGACGGAAGACAAGUGGUGGUUUUAGAAGCUGCCCUUCUUUUAGAUGCUGGCUGGGACAGUCUUGUGCAUGAAGUAUGGACGUUAAUCAUUCCAAGGCAGGAGGCAAUCAAAAGAAUGGUGGAGAGAAACAAGUUUUCAGAAGAAGAGGCUUGUAAGAGAUUGGACAGCCAAAUGACCAAUCAGGAACGAGUUAACAGAUCACAUGUAGUGUUGUGUACCCAAUGGGAGUAUGAGUACACUCAAAAACAAGUGGAGAAAGCAUGGUCACUGCUGAGUGAUCGGCGAACAGUUCAAAACAAACUUUGACGACAAAUACUUCUGAGCAAUCAACAGGCUAUUAACAACGAACUUUGACUAUAAAAACUUCUGAGCAAUCAAUAAACCGUUCAAAGAAACUUUGAACUAAAAUUAAUUUAAACAUUCAAUGGACUGUUCACAUGUUUUUGAUUACCGGUACCAAAAUCCUCUGAGCGAUCUAUGUACCAUUUAGAAUAAAGAAACAGGUUUCUAACACAUCUGCAGAGGAACUACAUGUAUAUAUAUAUUUCAUACUUAUUUUCAUGCAAAUUGAAGACGCAAUAGAGAGUUGUCCCCUUACAUCCUGAUUGCUGAUAUUCGAUGUAUGCAGAUUUAUAUUUAACUAAAGAUCUCAUGUUAGAUUAAAUAUAUAUUUAUACAGUUAUAUCAAUCUUGUUUUACCUGGUAUUUUAAAAGAAAUUUUAAUAAAAAAUGAUAAGAAA